CGCUGCAGCUUUCUUUCCCUGCUUUCUGAUAUCGGGGAGUGCUUAAUCUCAUAACGACCAAAAGCAAGACCACCCACAAUGGCUGCGUCCAUUAGUCCUGAGCGCAUGAGAGAAUAUUCCGGCGACACACUGCGGGAUGUGGCAAUCGUUUUUAUCGUGCUGGAAACGUUAGCCGUGGCGUUGCGUUUCGCAGCCAUGAGAUUAAGUGAGAAACGGCUGGGCAUUGAUGAUAUUCUCACGAUUCCCGGAUACCUAUCUUGUGUCGGACUCUGUAUCCUCUCCCUGGUGGCUAUAGACAUCGGUCGGGUUGGCUACCAUCUGGAUGUUGUCGAGACCGUUGACCCUCAAGCCCUAGUCCCAUGGGCCAAAUGUCUCUAUGCCACUCCGAUCAUCUAUUCGGCCGGUUGUUGUUUUCCCCGUGUCAUCCUUCUGACGCUCUACCUCCGGAUCUGUGAGAAGAAUCGCCCCUAUCGGGUGGCCUGCUACAGCUUGAUGGCCUUUAUCGUGGCCUUCGCCAUCGCCGAUAUCAUGGCGGGGGCCUUUGAGUGCUGGCCGGUGGCGUAUCUCUGGGACAAGACCAUUGCCGGUGGGAAAUGUGACAACAUUCCGGUCUUCUAUCGCUGGGGCACCUUACCCAAUGUCAUCAUCGACCUCGCGAUGCUCAUCCUGCCGCAGCCGGUGGUCUGGCGACUGCAGGUUCCAUCACAAGUGAAGUACGGCCUGGCCGUGACUUUCCUCACGGGUAGCAUUGGCAUGGUAACCUCGAUCUGUCGAUGCGUCGCCUUCUUCACCAACAAUCCCUUGACCGACGGCACCUGGAUCUCCGUCACCUUUCUUCUGUGGAGCGUGGUCGAAGCGGGCGUCUAUCUCAUUGCCGCCUGUUUGCCGUGUUACCGUCCGCUGCUUCGUCUCGUCACCAACCGUGGCCGAUUGACCUCGGUUCGAUCCAAGUAUCCCACCCAGAAUUCCACGCGAAGUUCCGCCGGUCGUGGCACUCGGACUCCCGAGCCCGAUCUCGAGAUGAGUCCCUAUCUACAGAUCAAGGCGGACGCUUGUCGGGAAAGCGAUGAGCAAGUUUUGGUGAUGAAGGGUUCGAAGUAA